GCAGUUUCGACGGGAUAUAUAUAUACGUGGGACGAGACAUCCCAAUCAUAACUCAAACGACAAGAAGAUUAACAAGCGAAGUGAAAGUGGAGUUUACAAUACUACUAUAGUCUACGCUUCAAAGACAACGUUUUCUCUAAUAUAAAUAACAAGAGAACGUUCGAUAUUCAGGAUGAGGUGCUGGACAGCCUUAGCCCUACUGGCUGUGGCGGCUGCGGUAACGCAGGCCAAAGAUAAGAACACGGAGGAUGUCGGUACGGUCAUUGGCAUUGACUUGGGAACAACAUACUCAUGUGUUGGUGUCUUCAAGAACGGUCGUGUUGAAAUUAUUGCCAAUGACCAAGGCAACCGCAUCACACCAUCGUACGUUGCUUUUACCGCUGAUGGCGAACGGCUGAUUGGAGAUGCUGCCAAAAAUCAACUGACUACAAACCCAGAGAACACGAUAUUUGAUGCCAAGCGUCUGAUAGGCAGAGAAUGGAGUGACAAAGCUGUCCAAAAUGACAUCAAAUUUUUCCCUUUCAAGGUAAUCAACAAAAAUGACAAACCUCACAUGAAGGUCAGCACUUCUCAAGGGGACAAAAUAUUUGCUGCAGAAGAGAUUUCUGCCAUGGUUCUUGGAAAGAUGAAAGAAGUUGCCGAAGCAUAUUUGGGCAAGAAUGUGACGCACGCCGUGGUCACGGUUCCAGCGUAUUUCAACGACGCCCAGCGGCAAGCCACUAAAGAUGCAGGUACCAUUGCUGGGUUGACGGUGAUGAGAAUCAUUAAUGAACCCACAGCAGCAGCAAUUGCAUAUGGUAUUGACAAAAAAGAUGGUGAAAAGAAUAUAUUAGUAUUUGAUUUGGGAGGAGGAACAUUUGACGUUUCCCUUCUGACUAUUGACUCAGGAGUAUUUGAGGUUGUGGCAACAAGUGGCGACACUCACUUAGGAGGUGAAGACUUUGAUCAGCGUGUGAUGGAUCACUUCUUCAAGCUGUACAAGAAAAAGAAGGGAAAGGACAUAAGAAAAGACAACCGAGCAGUGCAGAAACUUCGUCGUGAAGUUGAGAAGGCCAAGAGAGCACUUUCUUCCAGCCAUCAAGUCAGGAUUGAAAUUGAAUCUUUCUACGAGGGAGAAGAUUUUUCGGAGACUCUGACUCGGGCUAAAUUUGAGGAACUGAAUAUGGAUCUCUUCAAGAGCACAAUGAAACCUGUUCAAAAGGUCAUAGAGGACUCUGGCCUCCAGAAGAAAGAGAUUGAUGAAAUUGUGCUUGUGGGUGGAUCUACGCGUAUUCCAAAAAUUCAGCAACUUGUUAAGGAAUUCUUCAAUGGUAAGGAACCUUCUCGAGGCAUCAAUCCUGAUGAAGCAGUAGCAUAUGGUGCUGCUGUUCAAGCCGGUGUCUUAUCAGGAGAGGACGACACAAACGAUCUCGUGCUAUUGGACGUUAAUCCUUUGACUAUGGGCAUUGAAACGGUUGGUGGAGUAAUGUCAAAAAUAAUACCCAGAAAUACUGUCAUACCCACAAAGAAGUCCCAAAUCUUUUCUACAGCUGCUGACAACCAAAAUGCUGUAACUAUCCAAGUCUUUGAAGGAGAAAGGCCCAUGACCAAAGACAACCACCUUCUUGGCACCUUCGACUUGACAGGCAUCCCACCUGCACCCCGAGGUAUCCCUCAGAUUGAAGUCACCUUUGAGAUUAAUGCAGAUGGUAUCCUGCAAGUUUCUGCUGAGGACAAGGGCACCGGUAACAGAGAAAAGAUCACAAUUACGAAUGAUCAAAACAGGCUGAGCAAAGAGGAUAUUGAGAAGAUGAUUCAAGAUGCAGAGUUAUUUGCAGAUGAAGACAAGAAGCUGAAAGAACGAGUGGAGUCUAGAAAUGAAUUGGAGUCCUUUGCAUACAGUCUGAAGAAUCAAAUCAAUGACCAAGAGAAAUUAGGAGCCAAGUUAAGUGAGGAAGAGAAAACGAUGAUUGAAGAGGCAAUAGAUGAUAAGCUUACAUGGCUGGAAAAUAAUGCAGAUGCUGAUGCAGAAGAAUUCAAGGCUCAGAAGAAGUCCCUGGAAGACCUUGUACAGCCAAUUAUUGCAAAGCUUUAUCAAGAUGCAGGAGGGGCUCCUCCAACAGACUCUGAUGAUGACGAUUACAGAGAUGAGUUAUAGUAGCCGUGCCAUUGGCUAUUUUCGUACAUACUCCAACUAUUUUAGUCAGUUCUUCACUGUUAAUUGUAGAACAUACUUGAGAUGUUUGAUGCAAUAAUUCAUUAUCAAAGUUUUAUUUGGUUAUGACAUUACGUAUACUAGUUUCUGUAAAUGCAGUUAUAUUUUUCCAAUAAAAAUGAGAUAUUA